AUGCUUUUGCGUCGACUCUAUUCGUCUCUACCCUCAACUAGGGUUACUGGGCCGCAUGGUCAUGGUAAUUCCCUCUCGGGUCUACCCACCAACGCCAACGUGAAAUCUAAACCUCAAACUAGAGGCAGGAUCAAGCCUCGUUCAACCACUUUAUCCAAAUGCAAAACAUCAGCACCGUCAACUGCAUCCACGUCUCUGUCUACAUCCAGACAGAUAUCUUCGAUUUCAAGAUCUACUAUAAACGCACAGGAAGGUAGAGGACGUAAGAGACCUUCUACUUCUUCAGUCGACCUUACUUCUCCAAGACAUUUCACCAACAGGAACGAUAUCGGGAGUGAGAUCAACGUCGUGUCAGAUUCGAAUCAGUUUGAAGAAAACACAUCAUCCAAUUUGAACAUAUUUGAACAAGAUGAUCAUAUGGAGAACGAACAAAUCCGAUCCAAAUCCAAUUCGACUCUGAAUAAAUCAAAUAGAUUAACAUUCACACACCCUCAACCAUCUGAUGAUCAUCACAAUUCAUUCAAACCAAUUUAUCUGUAUCCUGAACAAUUUAAAUUACAUACGACGUUCACUCAUCCUUCACACCCAUUACCACUCAAUCUAGGUACGGCCAUUUAUACCAAUCCCAGAAAAUCAUCAUCAUCAUCAUCGAUACUUUCUACGUCCACAUCCGCAUCUUCGACUACGUUUGAUAGUGAAGAUCUCUUUUCAGCUCCGCCACCACCUGAUCCAACCAAGGCACUGAAAAGAAAAGUGAAGGGAAAUGGAUUGAACGAUCAUUUUAGAGUAAUCUCAAACCUUUCUCAUCCAAGCUUAAUUCAUCAUUUAGGUAAUGAUUUCAAUCCUUGGGCAUCAUCCGCAUUAGCAUCAGCAUCAGGAUUUGGUGGAUUGGAAAAUGAAUUCGGUGGAUUAUCAUCUCAGUUAUCACAUAAAUUAAGUGAAUUAAAGUCUGAUUCUGAAAAUCAAUGGCAAACCGUUUUAUCUAAAUUAGAAGGCAAACCUUCUAAUACUGAGAAUCUGACUGAACUUCAAGAACAACAGAAGGCGAUGGAAAAAGAUGAUAACUUACACGAUGUGGUCAUUGGGUUAAAUGAUGUUCUUGCUAGACUGGGUUUAUCAUCUUCUAGAGGAAGGAAAACUGGAUUAAUGCAUGCUCAAGUAGAAGACCUGAUAAGUGAGGAAGGAGUACAUAUGGAUAGUGUUAAGAGGAAAAGAAAGAAGAAGAUCUCCAAACAUAAAUACAAGAAGAGAAGGAAGUCUACUCGAGCUCUCAGGAAGAAGUUGGGCAAGUAG